GUGGGAACUCCGAGCACCUGUGAGUCCCCGCCCACCCGUGACGUCACAGACCAACCUGAGUUUCAGGGUCCGACAGAAAAGAGUCCCAGAAAGGAAGAAAGCAGCAGGGCGAUGAUGGCAGAGGCAGCGCCCCCAGAUCUGUUCUCAGAACAGGAGUUAACCUGCUCCAUCUGUCUGGAUCUGUUCAACCAACCGGUCUCCACUCCCUGUGGACACAACUUCUGUCAGGCGUGUAUCGGAGGUUACUGGGCGUCUGGCGCGGCGUGCACCUGUCCUCUCUGCAAGCGCCAGUUCGACGAACGCCCUCAGCUCAGCGUCAACAAAGUCUUCGCUCUCAUCGCUGAGAAAUUCAAACUGAGCCGCUAUGGCGCCGCGGGGUUACCUACGUUGGCCGGGAACGGGAUUCCAGCGCCCGCGGCGGCUCAAGACGACCUGUUCGUGGCGGAGCCACCCGGCGAGGACGUGGUGUGGUGUGACGUGUGCACGGGCCUGAAGCAGCCGGCGGUCAGCUCCUGCCUCACCUGCACCGCUUCGUACUGCUCGCUGCACCUGCAGCCGCACCACAGCACGCCGUUCUACGCCAAACACCCGCUGAUGGCGCCGCAGGAUGCGCUGCGGGGGCGCACCUGCCGCGUGCACCGCCGCCUGCUGGAGGUGUACUGUCGGACAUGUGAGCGCUGCAUCUGUGCCCUCUGUGUGCUGGACGAACAUCGGAUCCACAAAACGGUCUCGGUGCAGACGGAGAGACUCAGCAAACAGAAGCAGGUGGCGAGGACGGAGCAGGAGAUCCUGAACCGGAUCGGACAGAAAGAGAUUCAUGUUACUCAGCUGAAGAGGAAACUGGACGGAGUCAAGAGCUACGCAGACGGCGAGCGCGGCGAGGUGGAGCAGCUUCUGGACGACGUGGCGGUCUCUCUGGACCGGAUCCGGUCCCGCGUGGUGGGGGGGAUCCAGAUCCAGCUGGAUGACGUGAUGGAGAAGGGGACGGGGCUAGUGAAGCGUCUGGAGGCGGAGCUUAGCCAGCUGACUGAGAGGAGAGCAGAGCUGGAGAAGCAGGCCGUCAGCCAGGAUCACAUCGGCUUCCUACAGAGUCUGGACUGUGCGGCGGCCCCCCUGGCUGAGGACCAGGAUGAUGAUCUGGAUGAAGAGUUCUCAGAGUUUUCUCUCAGCUUCCAGCUGGACGACGUCAAGAACUCGCUGGCCGACAUCAGGGACAGGAUGGACCUCAUCAGGAUGGGAGGGGGACCAACACGGGGCUCAGUGUCCAAUGAGCUGAUGGCAGCAGAGAGCAUGCUCAGUCUGAGAGGAAGCUCGGCCAGUCUGAGGAAGAGUCAGUGGUCUCUGAGAGAUAUGAAGAGGAUGAAACAUGUCUCAGGACACAAGAAGGUGCGAGUCUACAUGGAGGACGUGGCGUUGAACCCCGUGACGGCGUACCCCUUCCUGAUCCUGUCCUCAGACAGGAAGCAGGUGAAGCGCGGCGAGACGCUGCAGUUCUUCCGGAGCAACCCGCAGCGCUACGACGUCUGGUCCUGCGUCCUCGCCAAGGAGGGCUACGCCACCGGCCGCCACUACUGGGAGGUGUUUGUCGGCGAGAGCAAGGACUGGAAGCUGGGCGUCGUCACGGAGACAGCGAGCAGGAAAGGGCUGUUUGACAUGAGUCCGUCUAACGGGUACUACGCCCUCUGGUGGAGCGGAGGCCAGCUGAGAGCACUCACUGCCCCCCCCCUCACUAAGGUGAAGUGUCCCCCGAGGCUGCGUCAGGUGGGCGUGUUCCUGGACGUGGACGAGGGUCACGUGACCUUUUAUAACACCAAGUCUGGCUCGGAGAUCUACAGCUUCAGCGGAUCCUCCGAGUUCACUGAGAGGAUGUUUCCUCUGCUGGGAACCGGAGACAAAGAGACGCCCCUGGUGCUGAUGACCACGCAGACCCAGCCUGAUGUCUGAGGGGGGGGGAUAAUGGGGGAAGAAAAAGGGGAAACCUGGACAGUUGUUGACUUAAAAAUGUGCCAAAAACAUUGGAAAAAGUGCCACAAAUGUCAUAAAAAGA